AUGCCACCACACAUCCCCCUCAAACGACUCCGCUCUCCCUCCCCUGAACCACCACCCAAAAAGCGGCAGUCUUCAACAACUUCAAAGAAGAAAGCCAUCGCCCCCCCCCGUAAACCAACCCUCUUCGACGACCUCGACGCCGGCUCCACCCCCCGUUCCUCAACCAAGACCUCCCUCCUCGAAAUUGAAGCUAGCGAUGACGACACCAGCUCCUUGACGUCCCUCUCCGACGCCGAUUUCGAGGACGUCCCGCUGGAUGGUCCUGGCACAAAACGUCGAAAACUCUCCCAACCCUCCUCUACAGAAGAUGAAGACAUCGAAUUCGAAGAUGUCCCCACGCCUACUGCGCCAGCUCCCGAUGUUGCUAUCCCCAGUCAGGACCUCGAUCUGACGUUGGUACGGGAUACCAGAAUCAAUCUCGCUGCCGCGAUGGGGAAGAAGGGGCCCUCGAAGCUUGAAAGAAAGAUCAGGAUAGCUGCACAUGGUGUCCAUGUCCAGUUGUUACUAUGGCACAAUGCGCUGAGGAAUGCGUGGUGUAGUGACGAGGAGGUGAUGGCGAUCAUGAUAUCGCAUUUACCGCCUAGGCUGUGGGAGGAGGUGGAUAGAUGGAGGAGGAGCAGUGGGUUGGAGGUACAGGUGGAGGAGCCACCACCAAAGGGGAAGACAGCUGGGAAGGGGAAAGGCGAGGGGAAAGCGACAGAGAAAGGGAGGGAAUGGGGAGCGGCAGCUAAGCAUCUUGAAAAAGGAGCUGUCGAUAUGUCGCAUGGAGAUCCAUUAUUCAGACUGAUGAAGGUCCUCACAUCAUGGUGGAAACAACGGUUCAAGAUCACGGCACCAGGGCUGCGCAAGCAGGGGUACAUGUCCCUAGAACGACUCGACAGAAUCACCAAGGCUUUCAAGCAAACGAACGGUGACGAUCAAGACCGCUUCGGGGAGAAGAUUGAUGGUUUAGAAGGCUUCAGAAAGCGCGCACAGUCGUGUGCAGGCAGCCGCGAUGUUGGUGCCCAGUUAUUCACCGCUCUACUACGAGGACUGGGAAUUGAAGCUAGAUUGGUGGCCAGUCUACAACCCUUGGGAUUCGGGUGGAACAAACUCGAGGAAGCCGACCCUGAAAAGGAAGAGCAUUACCUCUCGGAAAGCAAUCCUGAAAAACCUCCCGUGCCAGCCACCAAACUACCACCACCCAGAGCAAAGAAAACACCUGCCAAACCACCCCCCAAAACAGCCCGAUCAACCCGGCAUUCCCAAAAACCACCCCCCGAACCCUCCUCCGAUCUCGAAUCCCUCUCCGACUCCUCCAACGAUCUGAUAAUCCCCCCUUCCCCUUCCCCACCUCCAACCUCCCCAACCAAGACCCCCAAAAAGGUGUACGAUCAAGACUUGGAAUACCCCCACUACUGGCUCGAAGCCCUCUCCCCCGCCACCCACAAAUACCUCCCCCUCGACCCCCUCAAACCCCUCCUAGCCACCAACCCCGACCUUUUGUCUCACUUUGAACCCCGCGGCUCCAAAGCCGACCGCGCCCGCCAGGUAAUGGCAUACAUCAUCGCCCACUCCCCCGACGGCACAGCCAAAGACGUCACCAUCCGCUACCUCAAAGGGCAACAACUCCCAGGACGAACCAAAGGCAGCCGGCUACCCCCCGAAAAAAUUCCCGUGUACGACAAGAACGGAAAAGUGAAAAGAUACGAGGAGUAUGACUGGUUCAAGAGGGUGAUGAGCUCCUACAUUCGCGGCCGUGACCCCUCCCACCCAUUGACAGAAGCAGACACCCUCGAAAACGAGACCGAUCUCAAACCCGCCGAGCGGGUGGACAAGGUGGUCAAAGAAGGAGAGGAGACACUGCAGUACUACAAGCAAUCCAAAGAGUUUGUGUUGGAACGCCACCUCAAGAGAGAAGAAGCGCUCCUGCCGACCGCGAAACCGGUCAAGAUGUUUGUUCAAAACAAGAACAAGAAACCGGGUGCACAAGGCGAGGCGGUCUACAGCCGUAGAGACGUCGUCCAAGUCAAGAGCGCAGAAACAUGGCAUAAACAGGGACGUGCCCCUAAACAAGGGGAGGCCCCCCUGAAAAAGGUGCCCUAUCGAGCAGCGACUACAAAUCGGAGAAGGGAGAUUGCAGAGGCGGAGUUGGCUACGGGAGCAAAGGUUUUGCAGGGGUUGUAUAGUCACGCGCAGACAGACUGGAUCAUACCGCCGCCGAUUCAAGAUGGAAAGAUACCAAAGAAUGAGUAUGGGAAUAUUGAUUUGUUUGUCCCGACCAUGUGCCCCGAGGGUGCGGUUCAUGUUCCUUUCCGGGGGGCGGGGAGGGUUGCAAGGAGAUUGGGGAUAGAUUAUGCGGAGGCGGUGGUGGAUUUUGAGUUUGGGCAUCGGAUGGCUGUGCCGGUUAUUCAGGGGGUUGUUGUGGCGGAGGAGUUUUAUGAGAAAAUGGUGGAGGAGCUGGAGAGGGAUGAGGCGGAGAGGAGGAGGAAGGAGGAUGAGAAGAGGAGGAAGAGGGCGCUGGGGAUGUGGAGGAGGAUGUUGAUGGGGUUGAGGAUUGUGGAACGGUUGGAGGGGCACUAUGGGAAUGUCAAGGAGGGGGAGCAGGAAGGGGGUGCGGGACAAAUCGGUGGUGACGUGCAUAUGGCGGGAGAGGGGGCGGGAGGGUUUGAGGCGGAGGAGGAUCAGAUGGCGGGGGGAUUCCUGCCGGAGGGACAUGAGGCGGACGACUUGGGCGGCGGGGGCUUUUUUGCCGAGGGCCAGGAGGAGGACGAGCAACAUGGGCGCACAACUUCAGGGUACUUCCCUACCGUCCACUCCGAUAACGACGACGAUGACGGGGAGGAUGUGCUCGAGAUUGAUCAUGGUGAUGUGAGCGGUGUGUUGAGCGAGGCGGUGAGUCCGGAGCCAGCGUCACUGUCGCCAUCGCCCAGGCCAGAAAUCGAAGAAACCAAGGCGCCACCGAGGAGGAGCGCAAGGCGGAAGGCGCCGGUCAAGCCCAAAGCCGCGGCGGCUGGUGGAAAGCGAGGAAGGAGGAGGCGAAACGUUGCGUCAACGAGCUCCGAGGAGGAGGAAAUCGAGGAGGGAUACGAGGUUUUUGGUUCUGGGGAGGAUUAG